CAGCAUUAGCCCUAUAUGUCCAUGUCUGUUGUUUGUCUCCAGAUCACAUUUGAACACUUUUCCUCUGGUUCUGCUGACGCCGUGAGAGGACUCGGGGAACAUGUCAACAGACGAGCGGCUCGUCGCAGUGGUCGCCUGUGCGCCGGGCCCCUGUACCUCACCGGUAAAACGGAAGCUUCGCGGUACGGACCCACACGAGGGUACUCCACCUCCGCGACCACAGACCUGCCGCAGCCACGCUUUGUGACACUGAAGGGUAUGAUGGGUGUAGUGGGCUGGACGCUCCUCCUGCUCUCCCAGAUCGUAGUGCCUGUGACGUCCCAGAAGCCCCCAGCACUCUCGGUGGGAGUGAUCCUGGGCCAGACGCGUCCUGUCAGCGACCAGGAGAUGCUGCCGCCUCGUCGCCCUGACGAUACCCUUGAGGUCUCAGUGGUCGCUCUCAGGAUCAACCAGACGGACCCCAAGUCUGUGAUCACACAGGUGUGUGAGCUGCUGUCACGCACCCGCCUCCAUGGCCUCAUCUUCGCUGACGGCACUGACCAAGAAGCCAUAGCGCAGAUCCUUGACUUCCUGUCUGUUGAGACGCAACUUCCUGUCCUGGGAGUCCACGGAGGCUCCUCGAUGAUCAUGGCUGACAAGGAUGAGAGGUCAACAUUCUUCCAGUUCGGGGCGGCCCUGCAGCAGGAGGCGCUGCUCAUGCUCAGCAUCAUGGAGGAGUACGACUGGCACAUCUUCUCCAUCGUCACCUCCAAGUUCCCCGGGUACCAGGACUUCAUCAGCACACUGAAGGUCACUGCGGACCACAGCUUUGUGCGCUGGGACCUGCAGAGUGUGGUGACUCUGGACGCCGUGGACAUAGACCAGAACUCCAAGUCCCACAUCGCCCUCAAGAGGAUUCAGAGUCCCGUGAUACUGCUGUACGAGGAGUACAUGAGGGAGCAGAUUGAAUGGCAGCAGCAGGCCUUCAGCCACAACCAGGACUGUCUGGACCUCAUCGCCGCUAAGCCCCAUGGGAUACUGCGCAUACUGGAUGACCAGAGCGGGUUCCCCCAGGCAACGGACCACACCUUUCUUCAGAAGUGCCAUUAUCACCAUGGUGACAACCCAUUGUAUGCCAGGCCCAAGAUGCCCCUUCCAGAAUUCACCCUCAGACACUAUGCUGGGAAGGUCACCUACCAGGUGCAGAAGUUCCUUGACAAGAACUUUGACAGUGUCCGCCAGGAUGUGCUUGACCUCUUUAUCCAGAGCAAAAACAGAAUGGUGGCCAACCUGUUCCUGAAGCACUCGGAGGGUGUGUCCCAGCAGCGCUCCAACGCGCGGAACAGCAGUGUGGUGCGGCGUUUCCAAGCCAACACAGUGAGCGCCAAGUUCCAGAGCAGCCUACAGGAGCUCCUGGAGAAGAUAGAGAGGUGUAAGCCCUAUUUCGUGAGAUGCAUCAAGCCAAACCAUCACAAGGAACCCGGGGUGUUUGACAUGGAGCUGAUCAGCACUCAGUUGCGGUACUCUGGUAUCCUGGAGACCAUCCACAUUAGGAAGAUUGGUUAUCCAAUCAGAAUGCACUUCCACACGUUCCUGUUCAGGUAUAAAGGCCUGCUGUGCUUGGAGGACCCCCCUGUGACUGAUGGAGAGAACUGCGUGAUAAUGCGCAAGCUUUGUCCCCUGAAACCUGGCACCUUUCAACUCGGAGUCACCAAAAUCUUCCUAAAGGAGGAGCUGUACCAGCUGUUGGAGGGGAAGCGCGAUCGCCUCCUGACCUUGGCGGCCAUGACGCUGCAGAGAUACGCACGCAUGUUCUUUGUCCGCAGGAAGUUUGUCAAGUUCAAGCGCCGCAUGAUGCAGCUGCAAGCACACUCCAGGGGCUACUUACUGAGGAAGAAGUUGGCUCUGACGAGGCGGUACCUCAUUAAGCUCCGCUCGGCGGUGCGCCUGAUUGUCAACCGUCAACGCUACAUGAGGACAGUAGUGGAGCCUGCCAGGAGAGUGGAGGAGGAUCGCAUCAACAGAGAGGUGGUGGAUGUGACAACACUUCCUGUUCCUGCUGAGUUGGCUGUCCUGCUGCAAGCGGCGUCAGGAGGUUCUGAGCUGCACUCAGACUGCCUGGCCCUGGUCCAGGCUCCGACGGUGCAGGUGGAGUCCCAGCUCACCCUGCCGCUGGACAUCAACAACUACCUCAUGACUCACUACAUCAGGGCUAUAUUCAGGGAGCCAUUGUUUGGGAUGCUAACAGCGCCUCUGGAGCUCUCUCUGACCAGGACGGAUGCAGAAUCCAAACAGAGAUCCCUGGAUGUCUUCAUUCUGAUACUGCGGUUCAUGGGGGACCCGGAUCUGAACGGGGCCCAGGAGAACAUGUUUGGGAACUUCAUCAUCCAGAGAGGACUAGCCAAACCCAGCCUCCGCGACGAGAUCCUGGCCCAGGUGGCCAACCAGGUGUGGAGGAACCCCAACGCGCUGAACUCUGAGCGGGGCUGGCUCCUGCUGUCAGCCUGUCUCUCUGCUUUCCUGCCAUCUCAAAGGCUUGCCAAGUACCUUCUCAAGUUUGUGUCUGACUACGGUCCCGACGGCUACGACUGCGUCUGCCAGCACCGCCUGCUGCAGGCCCUGCAGCGGGUCAGCGCCGGGCCGGAGCACGUGCGCACGUACCCGCCCUGCCUGCUGGAGUGGACGGCCAACCGCAAGAGAGCGCACACCGUGCUGCACAUACACUGCUUUGAUGGUUUGUCCUUUCUGUGUCCCCUCCACUCCUGGACGACAGGAGAGGAGCUCUCAAAGGACAUCCUACAACACAGGGGCGUGGUGGAGGGCCGUCGCGGCUGGUCGGUGCUGCUGAAGGAGCCUGCCCAGUGGGUGGAGCUAGAGGGAUCGGACUACGUCCUGGACCUGAUGUCUGACCUGGAGCUGCCCGCAGACUUCCCCAAGCACAGCAGCUACUUCAUCAUCUCCGCCCAGGAGCCGACCCGGGUCCGGCCCAACGCGAGCAUAAGCUUGUUGGGCAGUGGGUUUGAUGUGAAUGAUGUCACAUCCUCCAUCCUACCUUCCUCUGAUGGAGCCUACCAAGACUUGGAUCGCCAGCGAGGAAUGGAUCACUAUCUUGACAGCCUGUUUGACCCUGUACUUUCCGAUGGGAAUGGACAGGAGGAGGAUGCAGCAGCGUUGAGCUCCAGGAUGCGAGGGGGAGGGGGUGUGGGCGGAGGCUGGGGGGACAGAGAGGAGUCUGAACGGAGCGUCUACUCCCCCCCACCCCCGGCUGGAGCUGUGCGAGUACUGCCGGUGGGAGGGGUGAUGACACCUCCCAGCUUCGCCUUGGCACCCGUUGCCCCAGUGGCCCCAGUAGCCCCAGUGGCCCCAGUAGCUCCAGAUAAUCAACAGGCGGUGCUGGCCCAGCAGCAGGCUAUAAUGAACCAGCAAGCCAUCAUCAUGGCCCAGCAGAUGACCAUGCAGGCCAUGGCCAUGGUGGGCGGCCCGGUGACCAGCCCGCCCACCACCCCCAUCACCAGCCCCCCCAUGAGCCCCCUGCUCCACCACCCGCCCAGCCCUUACGGCGCCACCAGCCCCUACUCCACCUACAGCUCCUUCCCCCCCAGCCCCUACGGCACCAUCCCCCCAAGCCCCUAUGCUGCUGCUGCUGCUGCUGCCGCUGUCUCUGCUGCUGGGGACGUUCCACCCAGCCCCUACCCUCCAAUCACCCACCAGGCCACUGCGUCCCCAGCCCAGGGCCGGGGCAACGGCCAGGCCCAGGCGUCACAGGCCUCUGGCCAGAGGCCCGUGGGUCAGCCCAACGUCGCUGGCAAACCCGGAGCUCCGAAGAUGAAGGCCAACCCCAACCCGACUCCCAUGCCGGAGUCCAAUAAAGACAGCAUUACCAGGAGGAGAGCUCCAGGGAUCCCCAUUAACAAGGACAAGCCAGCCAAGAAGUUUGCUCCGGUGGUGACAACUCCUCUGCCCCCUAGUGGUGACGUGGUGAAGUACUCAGCUCGCACCCAUGACCACAUGAUCCCCAGCCAAGACAUCAAAGAUAUUAUUAGACGUUAUGACUCACCACCGCCCGCCACUGACCCACUACCGGCUGAAAAGAGCCGACCAGAUGGGAAGUUCAGGAAGAAGCAGAGCCCUCGGGAUGAGGCACUACAGAUCCUCAGACCACAGAUAGACAAUCCUCCAGCUCCCCAGCCCAGACGCCCCGCGGCGCAGUAUCCGUCCGCCUCCACAGGCUACAAACCCGCCAAGAAGAAAGGACCUUCACGGCCUGUCCCCCCACCUCCUCCAAUUUCCCGGGAGCUUCCUGUGGAGACGGAGAGGAUCCAGACCCAGCUCCACCAGAGCAACAACCAGGAUUGCUACACCUGCACCAACGUGCCCUGGAGGCUGUACCUGCGCAAAGAGGUGUUCUAUCCUAAAGACAGCUUCAACCACCCCCUGAUGCUGGAACUCAUCUUCAAGCAGAUUGUGAAUGACACUCUGUCAGAGGCGUGCGUUCGCAUCACGCGGGAUGAAAGGCAGAAGAUGAAGGCCCUGUUCGUUAAACACAGAGUCCAACAGAACAUGGACCCCGUUGAUGACAGUGUGAAGAAGACGGUCGUCACGGCAGCCAGAGAGACCUGGGAGAUCUACUUCUCUCGCCUCUUUCCUGCUUCAGGCAGUGUGGGAACAGGAGUGCAGCUGCUGUCCGUGUCCCACAGUGGUAUCAAGCUGUUAAAAACGGUCAAGAGCAGCGCGGCGGCGCCAGACUACUUCAGAGUACUGCGGCCGUACACCUACGCAGACAUCCUGUUCGUCACCAUCCCCUCAGAGAACAUGCUGGAGUUCAACCUGACCAACGAGAAGCUGAUCCUGUUCUCAGCCAAGGCCCCGCAGGUCAAGCACCUCAUCGACACCUUCAUCACCGAGAUCAAGCAGGACUCGGACUACGUGAUAGCCGAGAGGAACUUCGUGACGGACGAUCACUCGCGCCUCAGUUUCCACAAAGGCGACAUCAUCAGGGUGCAAGUGAUGGACGGCCUGGAGAAGGGGUUCAGCUAUGGAUGUGUGGUGAGGAAGAAGGUGGUGUUCCUGGAGGAAAUGAAGAGAGAUACUCAGGAGUUUGGGUGGAAGUUUGGCGCGGUGCACGGACGCUCCGCGGCCUUCCCCGUGGAGUGCGUCCGCCCCGUGGCCGCGCCCGACUUCCUGUCCGUCCCGCUGAACCGCACGGCGGAACCCCGGGGAGGGGCGGGGCAGUUCGCCGUGUCGUCGGCCGUGGCCGUGGCCGUGGCGUCCACCAUGGCCGCCCAUGAGAUAGACCCGACGUUAGAGAGGGUGUCACUUGAGGAGUUUGAUCUCCGUGGCGAGGGAGAUACGUACGAUAGUCUCCUGCAAGACAGCAAAUAUGACAUGGUUGAGUUCGCCAAGAACUUCUUCAGACAGGGCACGCCAGGAAAGAGUGACUCCCUGAAGAGCAGGGGCAAGACCAUGGCUCCCAGAGAGCCAUCUGAGAUGAUCAAGUUCUCCAAGACGCCGCUUACCCAGUCUCUGAUAGAGUUCACUGACCCCGCCUUGAACAGAGUGGCAGCGGAUCUCUUCCUGUCCGUGAUGCGCUUCAUGGGGGACCAUCCAAUCAAAGGUCUCUCAGAGCAGGAGGUGGUCAGCACCUUCCUCAAGCUUAUUGGCGAGUUCAGUCUGAUGAAGGAUGAGGCUUACUGCCAGGUCCUCAAGCAACUGACCGCUAACACCAGCUCUAAACCGGACAGUUGCCAGAGAGGCUGGAGGCUGUUGUACAUCCUGACGGCGUUCCAUCGCUGCUCAGAGGUCCUGAAGCCUUUCCUCUUCAAGUACCUGCAGCACGCCUACCUCAGUGCCGGAGUGCUGUUCCAGGGAAUUGCUAAGGCCUGUGAGCAGAACCUGAAAAAGACGUUUCAAUAUGGAGGGCGCGUGAUCCCUCCAAACAGCAUGGAGCUGAAGGCUAUGGUGGCUGGACGGAGCUCCAAGCGACAGCUGUUUCUCUUGCCAGGAGGUAUUGAGCGUCACCAAAAGAUCAAGACAUGCUCUGUGGCUCUGGACGUGAUCGAGGAGCUGUGUUACGAAAUGGGCCUGCACCGGCUAGAGGUUAUGGAUGAAUACACUGUGUUCCUGGUCACCAGUAGAGGUCAGAACGUGCGUCCUCUGAAUAAGCAAGAGUACGUCCUGGACAUCGCCACAGAGGCAGAGGAGGUGGACAGCAACUACAGCUUCUGGUUCCGCCGGGUCGUCUGGACCCAGCCGCUCAAGUUUGACAAUGAGCUCUCUGUGUCCAUGCACUACAACCAGGUCCUGCCCGACUACCGCAAAGGCCUUUUAAAUGUGCUUCCCCGGGGGAAAGUAAGCGAUCAGCAGUUCCACCAGAUCUCCAAAUUAGCCUCCCUGCAGCACAGAGCCAAGGACAUAAUCUUCAUCCCCAGCAUCCAUGAAUUGUCGGAAUACAUCCCCCCGCCUCUUUUUGGAAAGCAGCCGCCCCAGCAGUGGGUUACUAUGGUGACACAGCACAUGCAGCAAGUGCAGUCGCUAAGCGCGCACCAGGCCAGAGCGCAGUACCUGGGGCUGGUCAGCGCCUUCCCCAUGUUUGGCUCCUCCUUCUUCUACAUCCAGAGCAGUAGCUCCACCUCUUUGUACGCUCCUUGUAUUCUCGCUGUCAAUCAACAUGGCCUCCACUUUCUGCACAAGGACACGCAUGAAAUCCUUCAUGUGGUCCCCCUGGCGGAGGUACAGUCGGCACGCACCCAGAGGCCCACGGCUGGCACAAGCUACCCCUAUGUAGACCUAACCCUGGGAGACAUGAACACACAAAGGGUGGUUCAACUUCAAUUGGAGCAGGGCCUGGAGUUGUGUCGGGUGAUUGCCAUGCAGGUAGAGAACAUGAUGUCGUUACGAGAGAAGAGACUAAUCCUUCCGGCGAGUGAAAUUACCAUGUUGUAACUCAUGGCAACGCCCACUCCUGCGGGCAAGGCCAUAGGCACACAUAGGCAUUAGGCACAUAAAUGCACUUCACAGCACAAACACA